UUCUUGUGUAACUUUCUAACCUUUAAUCAGCACUCUAUCCGCGCAGAGCCAGUGAUUGAGGUUGGCGCUAUGUCUGCUGCGAUGUUUACCAGCAAAGCUUUUAAAAGUUCACUCCCGGCGUUAAAGAAUCUGAGAUUUGGAGUCAACACUAAACAUUCCGCUGCUGUGGCUUUGAACUUCAGGCUGCAGCACACGCAGAGUCAGGAUGAAGAAGGAAGGGCGUUCCGUCCAGAAACCUCGCUGGCCCGGAGCAUGAUGGACAUCGGCACCAGGAGGGUGUUCUCGGAGGAGCACGACAUCUUCAGACAGAGCGUGCGCCGCUUCUUCCAGGAGGAGGUGGCCCCUUUCCACCAGCAGUGGGAGAAGGACGGACAGGUGAGUCGUGAACUCUGGGAGAAGGCUGGGCAGAACGGCCUGCUGGGAGUUAACAUUCCAGAGGAACGUGGUGGAAUCGGGGGGGACCUGCUGUCUGCUGCAGUGGUGUGGGAGGAGCAGAUGUAUGUUAACUGCACUGGCCCAGGCUUCGCUCUGCACUCGGAGAUAGUGAUGCCCUACAUCAGCAACUAUGGCAGCAAGGAGCAGAUAGAGCACUUCCUACCACUGAUGACUGCAGGGAAGUGCAUCGGAGCCAUUGCCAUGACCGAGCCGGGAGCAGGCAGUGACUUGCAGGGGGUCCGAACGUUUGCCAAGAAAGACGGCAGUGACUGGAUUCUCAAUGGCAGCAAGGUGUUCAUUACCAACGGCUGGAUGAGUGACGUGGUGAUCGUGGUGGCUGUGACGGACCGCGAGGCUCGCACAGCAGCCCACGGCAUCAGCCUCUUCCUGGUGGAGAAUGGGAUGAAGGGGUUUAUCAAGGGGAGCAAGCUGGACAAGAUCGGGUUAAAAGCACAGGACACAGCAGAGUUGUUUUUCGAAGAUGUCCGUCUCCCUGCCGAUGCCCUCCUGGGACAAGUUAACAAUGGUUUUUAUUAUCUCAUGGCUGAGCUUCCUCAGGAGCGUCUUCUGAUUGCUGACAUGGCUCUUGCCAGCUGUGAGUUCAUGUUUGAAGAAACAAGAAACUACGUCAAACAAAGGAAGGCCUUCGGCAAGACCAUUGCACACUUACAGACUGUGCAGCACAAGCUGGCGGAGUUGAAGACGGAGAUCUGUGUGGGACGCUCCUUCGUGGACAGCUGUUUGCAGCUGCACUCAGAGAAGAAGCUGGACUCCUCCACUGCCUCCAUGGCAAAGUACUGGGCUUCUGAUCUGCAGAACAGAGUGGCCACACAGUGCGUGCAGCUGCAUGGAGGCUGGGGCUACAUGGCAGAGUACCCCAUUGCCAAAGCCUUCGUGGAUUCCCGUGUCCAGCCCAUCUACGGAGGCACCAAUGAGAUCAUGAAGGAGCUGAUUGCAAGAACUAUCGUCAGCAGCAAGUGAGAGCGAGGCGAGCCGGGGAUUUCAGAGGGCUUCCAUUCUGUGCCUUAUUUGCACUUCCAAAUUUACUGCCUGAACUUCAGGUUUUACACCAACACAAAGCAUUUCACCUCCAGGACUCCUCUCUUCAUCCCAGUCUUGUGACAAAUCAGUGAUCACCUAGCCCUCAAAGGAAGCGUAUAUAAAAUAAUACACAUCACUUCCCUCUUGCAGUUCCAACUGUUGUUUGCUUAUUGGAGGCAGGGGAAAAAUAGGAAAUUCUACAAAUCAGCAUAGGAAUGUUAAAUAUAGCACUUGGUUACAGUUGCACUUCGUAGAUUUCUACCUCCUUGAAGUUCCAAAACAACUUCUUGAUAAACCUCUUGAGGUUGUGAAGCAUCUUGCAGGUUGAGACAUACUGGGCUACAUUCUCAAAGCUCUUUACUCCAAAUCAUAUUUAGCUCGCUUAUUUCAGAGAGGAAAAACCCCUAAUAAAGUGAACAAAUCAGAAAUAAACAACUCAGACAUCUGAAUUAGGUGUUUGUUUACAGGCACGGGUUGUUAUUAAAUUUGUUUUAGAGCUGUAAUUGUUUUUUUUUCCUUUGAGAAAAUUGAGCUAAUGAUGAUCUGGAGUAAAUAAUUUUAUGGGUCUGGCCCACUGUGUAUUAGUUUAUCUCGGGACUGAAGGCCGCCACACACCAGACGCGAUGUGAUUUUUCAUUGGACAACAAGACACUUUUGCAGCGACAUGACCAUGCAAACUAGAAGCGACACAGAGGCAAUGCGACAGGUUUGAAAACUGCCAGAUCAAUAAAACUAUAAAAAAAAGCCCUAUUGACAAAACUACGAUCAAGACUGGUACAUACUCGUCAACAUGAUGUUGUAAUUAUGAGUGCCUUCUCUGACGGUAUUUCAACAUGUGAUAAUAAAUCGUACAUACCAGGCUUAUGCAGUGCCUUCACAAUAGACUCCCAUAGAUUACCUUUGAAAUGUGUUAUCUUUAGAAUUGCGAUGAUCUUUGAUGAAAGAAAGGGUAUUUUUCCAUGGCAAGUAUUCUUGUUUCCUCCGUCAUUUUUGAUAAUGCUUCACCCUGCUGAACCCUGUGCAUUGAAGCUGUUCUCUGAUUGCUCUGUCAUUUUGGAUAAUGCUUCACCCUGCUGAACCAUGUGCAUUGAAGCUGUUCUGUGGUUGCUCUGUCAUUUUGGAUAAUGCUUCACCCUGCUGAACCAUGUGCAUUGAAGCUGUUCUGAUUGGUAAAUUCCAUAAUUUUCGCUCGACAAAUUGCAAAAAAAUAGGAUUCAAUUGUAUUGAUUUCGCGUCUCCCUGGUGUUGGCCCCUGUGGUGUGACAGUUUCGCUUGUCACAUCGUGUCUGGUGUGUUUUUACUGUGCAAAAACCUUUAGUAAAUCCAACAAUUCAUGUCAAAAUAGGCAGAGACUAAAUUGCAUGCAACAACAUCUCUUUAAUGUCUUGGACAUUAUCAAUACAUUGCCUAUACAAAUAAAAAAAAAGAAAACUUCAAGAAACAGACUAAUAAUCCAACUAAAAUACCUUAUGUAUGGGUAAAAUCAAGAUAUUAAACAGACAACUGUGGGGGGCAGGGUGUGAUAGAGAUAAAUUCCCAUCAGAAUGAAAUAAAAAAAAAAAAAAAAAGGAAUUAAGAAAUGAGGUAUUUUGCACACCUCUGCAAUGCCUCGACUCCAUUGAGCUAAAAUGAUUUGUUUGUUGUUAAAUAUAGGAAGGUGUCCUUUGUCUGCUGUUAGUAUGAUUCAUGGUGGUAGCAGCUGGUACAGUGGAAGUGUUUUAAUCUUGCUUGAGAGCAAUAUUCUUUUUUUUUUACAGUUUCUUAACUGAAUAAGGCUUAACUUUUUUUGCAGUGCCAUACAUGUAUGUAAUAGGAAUCUAUAAUAUCUCAUGUAUAAAAGAGAAGAAAGAUGCAUUUCAUUUUUUACUGUUUUAUAAAAUGAAAUGAUGCCUUUUUAAAAUAAAGGUUUGUGACUGUUUAAAUAUGUGAAUUGUUUAGUUGCAGCAUUACAACAUUGCAGUCACAUUGCAGUUUUAUUUAACAUUGUCUAGAUUGAAUAUUGUACUUUUGCCCAUUGAAUUGUACUUGGGUCCCUAUAAACUGCAAUAUUAAAAGCACCAAACAAAAUGGUA